AUGUUUGCAGACUUGGAUUAUGAAAUCGAAGAGGAUAAACUCGGAAUCCCUACGGUGCCCGGGAAGGUGACCCUGCAGAAGGAUGCUCAGAACCUGAUCGGGAUCAGCAUUGGCGGAGGGGCCCAGUACUGCCCCUGCCUCUACAUCGUCCAGGUAUUUGACAACACGCCGGCAGCCCUGGACGGCACCGUGGCAGCUGGCGAUGAGAUCACCGGUGUCAACGGCAGGUCAAUCAAAGGAAAAACUAAGGUGGAGGUGGCAAAGAUGAUCCAGGAAGUGAAGGGGGAGGUGACCAUCCACUACAACAAGCUGCAGGCGGACCCCAAGCAGGGCAUGUCCCUGGACAUCGUGCUGAAGAAGGUGAAGCACCGGCUGGUGGAGAACAUGAGCUCGGGGACUGCGGAUGCGCUGGGCCUGAGCCGGGCCAUCCUGUGCAAUGACGGGCUUGUCAAGAGGCUGGAGGAGCUGGAGCGGACCGCUGAGCUCUACAAAGGGAUGACGGAGCACACCAAGAGCCUCCUGCGGGCCUUCUACGAGCUGUCGCAGACGCACCGGGCCUUUGGGGACGUGUUCUCCGUGAUCGGGGUGCGGGAGCCCCAGCCGGCGGCCAGCGAGGCUUUCGUGAAGUUCGCGGACGCCCACCGCAGCAUUGAGAAGUUUGGCAUCCGGCUGCUGAAAACCAUCAAGCCGAUGCUGACGGACCUGAACACGUACCUCAACAAGGCCAUCCCCGACACCCGCCUCACCAUCAAGAAGUACCUGGACGUGAAGUUCGAGUACCUGUCGUAUUGCCUGAAGGUGAAGGAGAUGGACGACGAGGAAUACAGCUGCAUUGCCCUCGGGGAGCCCCUGUACCGGGUCAGCACCGGCAACUACGAGUACCGCCUGAUCCUGCGCUGCCGCCAGGAGGCCCGCGCCCGCUUCUCCCAGAUGCGCAAGGACGUGCUGGAGAAGAUGGAGCUGCUGGACCAGAAGCAUGUCCAGGACAUCGUGUUCCAGCUGCAGCGCUUCGUGUCCACCAUGUCCAAGUACUACAACGACUGCUACGCCGUGCUGCGGGGCGCCGACGUCUUCCCCAUCGAGGUGGACCUGGCCCACACCACGCUGGCCUACGGGCCCGGCCAGGACGAGCUCACCGACGGGGAGGACGAGGGGGAGGACGAGGGCCCGGCGGCCAGCGAGGCGCGCGGGGCCGCCGGGCCCCUGGACAAGGGGGGCAGCUGGAGUGACCCCUGA